AUGCGAGUUGCUGAAGUUCUCUCUGAUUUCCGAACACUGCAAUACUACAUAGCUGCGGCACCAGUCGACCCCGUGGACACGGCAGACUACUACACCGAAGGCUGGGCAGCUCUUCGACAAUGUGCACUGGACGGUCAACAUAUUCUGGAAUGUGGUGCAGACACCAGUGUACCUAAUCCCCCUGGAGGCGAGCAGGAGCAGAUGAAGGCCGAGCUCAAGCAGGUACUCCUGGACGCGUACUCGAGACGGCACGAAGGCCAAAAGAUCUAUCUCCGACAGGCAGCGGCACAACGAUGGGUCGAAUAUAGAAGCCAGGUGCUGCAGGGCGGCGUACCCAACUCUAGAAACCAAUCUCAAUUCCGAGCGUGCGACCAGCAGCUGCGAGCAGAGCUCUCAGCAGUCGUUGACGAAGUAAUCUACAACGAGCUCAAGGCCUCGGAUGAGCAGAUGGGCCGCUGGACGGCCGAAGAUCCCAGUCUCCGAAGUGUGCUACGCUGGCUCCGAGCACGCAGGUGA